AAAGCAAAAAAUGGACACAUUCCAAGAUGUAUUCCAGAAAGUAGAAAAGAUUGGGGAGGGCACCUAUGGAGUCGUGUAUAAAGCAAGAAACAAGCAAACAGGCCAGUUAGUUGCUCUGAAGAAGAUCCGACUUGAUUCGGAGACAGAAGGCGUACCUAGUACAGCAAUCAGAGAAAUCUCACUGUUAAAAGAAUUGAAACAUCCAAAUAUAGUGAGGCUCCUUGAUGUAGUGCAUAAUCAGAAGAAGCUAUACUUAGUCUUUGAAUAUUUGAAUCAAGAUCUUAAAAAGUACAUGGACUCAUCUCGUACAGGAGAGCUUCCUCUAAGCUUAGUCAAGAGCUAUCUUUACCAACUGUUACAAGGUGUAAGCUUCUGUCAUUCUCACAGAGUUAUCCACAGAGACCUGAAGCCACAGAAUUUGCUCAUAAAUGAAAUGGGAUCCAUCAAACUAGCCGAUUUUGGCCUAGCUAGAGCUUUUGGAGUUCCCCUACGUACCUAUACACAUGAGGUGGUAACCUUAUGGUAUCGGGCUCCUGAAAUUUUACUGGGUUGUAAAUAUUACUCGACAGCUGUGGAUAUCUGGAGCAUUGGCUGUAUCUUUGCAGAAAUGGUGACUAGAAAAGCCUUGUUUCCUGGAGACUCUGAAAUUGACCAGCUAUUCCGGAUUUUCCGCACACUUGGUACUCCUACUGAAUCACUGUGGCCUGGAGUCACAAAUCUUCCUGACUAUAAAGGAAAUUUCCCCAAAUGGCCAAGGAAAGAUAUGAAGGUGAUCAUUCCAAACUUGGAUCAAGAUGGACGAGACUUAUUGCUGCAACUACUAGUGUAUGAUCCCAACAAGCGAAUCUCAGCCAAAGCUGCUUUGAACCAUCAAUAUUUCUGGCAAGCUCCACGGGAUGCUAAGCAAUUUGUGGUAGAACAGUAUGGGUCAUGAGAUUAAGAAGUUCUGGUUAAUGCUUUGCUGGAAAUAGCUACCGGAUCGUCUCGUUCUAAACAACGUAGCAAAGGAGCGGCCGUAACCUCCAUUAAAAAUGUUCUUGGCCUUUUGCCCAGUUUAAUAUUCAUGCAAACAUUUUGACAAUUGUAAAUGAUCCAGAUCCUUGUAAGGACUGAUAGUUCUUCUUUAACAGAGGUGAAAAAGCUUGAUGCUUUUAGUACAUGAAAAGGAGUAGUAUGACUUGCUAUCUGAGAAGUAGAAUGACAAAAAAGUUGAACUAAAUCCAGUUUCUGUAAUAUAUUAUUCACUCUUUGCUGCAGUUCAAGUACUAGCAUUACAAGAUAUGGUUAUUAUUAUUUAGAUUAGACUAGCACAUCCUACAGUAGCCAAGGCACUGAUGUUGAUUUUUUCUUUUUUAAUAUGAACUCACGUUGUAUUUCACAACACUAUUGAAAACUAACCAUGCUAAAAAAAGUGAGAGUGUGUGUUUUGAGUGGAGGAACUAGAUAUUACAGUUUCUUUCUAUAAGUAUCCAUAAUAAAAACAAGAACUUUGUAUCAUCUAGACUAUUAAAUAAUUAAGAGGCUUCUUUAGCUGCAGUUUGGGUUUUCAGAAAUAUUAUAGCUUCUAAUUAAAUAAAAAUAUCAGAAUCUGAUAAUCAAUAUGCCAAGGCCUGAAUUAGAUACUGUGGGACAUAAAAUAAAUGAAUAAAUAAAUACUUGAAAAAUCCUAUUUGUUGAACUUAGCCAAAUAUACUGGUUGAAGGUGGAGACCAUGAAAUCUCUGGAUUCUGAUGGAACC